UUACACAGAUGUUAUGGAAAAUUCGUCAGAUGUACACAAUAUACGAUAAUGGUAUUGAGUUUUAAUGAAUUGAUGGACUCCUGCUUUAAUAUCUUCUUCAUAAUGAAGGUGAGGAAUCCAAAAGUCAUCAUGACUCAUGCAUCAGCAUUCAUCUUCAACAACAUAUUUCUCCUUCUUAGCUAUUAUAGUGGUCAGCAAAUUAGCAACCAGAAUGAAAUAUUGCGAAGAUAUCUGGCAGAGCUACCAUGGAUCAACAAGCCAAAGUGGUUCAAGCAGAGCAUGAUAAUUAUUAUGAGCCGAGCUAAUGUUGAUACUCAGAUCAAACCAUAUGGAAUCUUCUACCUGAACCUCACAUCGUACAAAGAUCAAAUUGACAGCUAUGAGAGGUACUAUACAAAAACUAUUGUAAGCCCAGGAAUCGAACUGGGUUCGGGAUUUGUAUAG